CACCGAGCUUGGGACAGGAGAAGGACAAUGGCAUCGAAAACAACGAGUCGAUCACUCCAAGCGAUCGCAAAACGGGGACGGACAAGCUGCCCAUGCUCCGGUUCCAGCUUCUCCCGGAGCCCCUCCGUACGACAAUUUUCAGUAUCCUCACCGAGACCCGAUGUCCCAUAUGAGAACGACAAGGCAGAGCGGCCAAGAUGGUCAUAUACGCCUGAAAGGAUGAAGGCACCCUUUCCUGCAAAGCCGAAGAAUCCUGAGAUGGCUUGGGAAUGCAAUAACGACCCGCAAUUACUAGAUCAAUUCUAUAUCAGAUUUUUGGGCCGAGGGGGGGAUACCGUUCUCACAGACGAGAUCAAAUGGCUUGCCAUCACACACAAGAGUUUUGACCAAGGGCGAAGAGGGUUCAAUGACCGAUUGGCGUUUUUCGGUCGACGGAUUCUGAAUCUCCAGAUGAGUCUAGCAUUGCUACACUCGCCAGUAGCCACGAAGACACAGUCAUUGCCAAAUCCAGAAGACGACCGCGUUCCAUUCAAACACCCUGCGUUGGAAGGAUUAGCAAACCUGACUGAUGUACCGGUCGGAGAAGUCUUGACGAAGAAGCGUCUUGCGGGUUUGGCGACCCAGAUGGGCAUGCAGGAGAUUAUCAGAUGGAAGCCGCGGAUGCCGGCCAAUUUGGACGCAUCCGGUAUCGAUGCUGUUCUUACGACGACACUAUAUGCUAUAAUCGGAGCGAUAGCGCUCCAGAAGGGAGGAGACGUUGCGAAUCGAGUUACGAGGGAGAGAAUUCUGAAGCCACUUGGGAUAUCAUAGCGACAUGUAUAGCAUGGACGGAGUAGGUGUAGAAUAUUGUACAUUACAUGGCAGAUCUCAACGACGUUUAAACAUGUAGCGUCUGACCUGGUUAUCUAGUCUUGGUGCUAGGCAUAAUGGCAAACUUGGG